AUGUCAACGACGACAUUCGACAAUAAGAACGAAGACGACGACGACCACGAAGAAGUGAACGAAGUCGACAGGUUUGAUGUUGUCGACGUCGAUCGAAAGGGUCCUCCACAACCUGGUCAGCCGUUUAAAUUUACAGUUGGUGAAUCUUGUGAUAGGAUAAAAGAGGAGUUUAAUUUUCUUCAAGCACAAUAUCAUAAUCUCAAACUCGAAUGCGAGAAAUUGGCUAGCGAAAAAAUAGAAAUUCAAAGGCACUACGUCAUGUAUUACGAAAUGUCGUACGGCCUCAACGUAGAAAUGCACAAACAGACUGAAAUUGCAAAGAGACUGAACGCAAUAAUAGCCCAGAUUUUACCAUUUUUAUCGCAAGAACACCAACAGCAAGUAGCCGGAGCGGUUGAAAGAGCGAAACAGGUUACGAUGACGGAUCUCAACGCGAUCAUAGGGAAAAAGUUUCCCGAUUCUAUGAUCCAUCACGUCAUGUUUCAGCAACAAAGGCCGGAUCUUCCGAGACUACUACAACAAAUGCACGCUCAACAAUUACCUGCACACGCCGCUGCGCCCCCUAUUUCAAUGAUGCCACAUCCUGGUUUAGGGGCGCCACCCCCAAGUACGGCUGCUAGCAUAUUGGGGCUUUCUUCACUUGGUGGAGGACCUGCUCAUAAUCCAUUAGCGAUGUUAGCUAAACCAGAUCUUCAUCGAUCCGAUGACGUCAAAUCAAAUAGUGGCCUCAAUUCAGCAGAAGAACGACACAGAAGUUCAAUAUCACCGGCUGAACGUGAAAAAUACAGACCACGAACCCCACAGGAACCUGACCAUAAAAAAGUGAAGAAAGAAGAAAAGGAGCUAGGGCACCAUAGUGACGGCGAAAAAAGUGAUCAAGACCUGGUGGUAGAUGACGCAUCAGAAGAUCCAGUAUCACCACCAAACGGUACAGCAUCCCCGAGAGAAAACGGAAUUGAUAAACUACCAAAAAAGGAACACCCAGGCCCUCACAGUCCCCGAUCGGGAACUUCCAGUAACGCUUCAACACCCUCAACGAAAAAAUUAGACGGGGAAAAACCAACAACACCCAUUUCAAAACCUGUAACCCCAACUUCCGGUACUCCCGGAGCAGCCGGAGGAAGCGGAUUAAAACCGGUUGUAAAACCACCCGCUUUGGGACAAUACCCUUCAUACCUCGCUGGUAUGUCAAAUGGUGCUUCAGCACAUGAUUUUCAAGCAGCAGCGGCUGGGGCUUAUGGUGCAAUGCAUAACAAUUUACCGCCGGCUUUAAAUAAUUACCCGAGGCAACUCCAAGUGGGAUAUGACCCACAUUCUCAAAUCAGGGCACCUGUUGUACCAGGAAUCGCUGGAAUACCAGGCGGAAAACCGGCUUAUUCCUUUCAUGUGAGCGCAGAAGGUCAAAUGCAACCGGUACCAUUUCCACCGGACGCUCUGAUAGGACCGGGAAUACCAAGACAUGCCCGUCAAAUCAACACGUUGAGUCAUGGGGAGGUUGUGUGCGCCGUUACGAUAUCGAACCCGACAAAGUACGUUUAUACGGGCGGUAAAGGGUGCGUUAAAGUUUGGGAUAUUAGCCAACCCGGUUCUAAGAGUCCCGUUUCCCAACUGGAUUGCUUACAAAGAGAUAACUACAUCCGCUCGGUAAAGCUGCUGCCGGACGGUCGAACGUUGAUCGUCGGCGGCGAAGCCUCGAACCUAUCCAUAUGGGACCUCGCGAGUCCGACGCCCAGAAUCAAAGCGGAACUCACGUCUUCAGCACCCGCGUGCUACGCAUUGGCUAUAUCACCCGACUCGAAAGUCUGCUUCAGCUGUUGUUCGGACGGAAACAUCGCCGUUUGGGACUUGCACAAUCAAACGUUGGUUAGACAAUUUCAAGGACACACCGACGGCGCAUCUUGCAUUGACAUUUCCGCCGAUGGAACCAAAUUGUGGACGGGCGGUUUGGACAAUACCGUUAGAAGUUGGGAUUUGCGCGAAGGAAGGCAACUGCAACAGCACGAUUUCAGUUCGCAAAUAUUUUCGCUUGGAUAUUGUCCGACUGGCGAUUGGUUAGCGGUCGGCAUGGAAAAUUCCAACGUCGAAGUUCUUCACGCCGCCAAACCCGAUAAAUACCAACUGCAUCUGCACGAAAGUUGCGUUUUAAGUUUACGAUUCGCUGCGUGUGGAAAGUGGUUUGUGUCAACGGGGAAAGACAAUUUGUUGAAUGCGUGGAGGACGCCGUAUGGAGCCAGUAUUUUUCAGUCAAAAGAAUCAUCAAGUGUAUUAAGCUGCGAUAUAUCAGCUGAUGAUAAAUACAUUGUGACUGGAUCUGGAGAUAAAAAAGCAACGGUGUAUGAAGUGAUUUAUUAAAAAAAUAUAUAUAUAUAAUCCGAAUUGACCAAAAUCAACAUGGGACGUUAAUAAAAGAAACUUUUAAUAAGACUAUAAUAAUAAAAAAGGCGGUUCUUAUUAAAUAAAGAAUUAAUGAAAAAAUUAAACAUAAAUUAUUAUUAUUAAGUAAAAAAAUGUGAUAAUAUUUACUUCUACGUAGUAAGCAAGAAACCGGGAUCGAGGCGAAGAAACGUGGAAAAUAAACUUUAAAAAUAUAUGAUAAAUAAAAGUGGAAGAAGGGGAUAAGAACGAUCUGACUCGACCUUUACAAGUUUCCAUGAUCUCUCCAUGACAGAAUGUAGUUAAGGGAUGAUAUUUCUAUUCUAUGUUGCUUUGUUUAAUAAUAUUCUUUUUUAUAUAUAUAAAUUAAUUAAAUUAUAUAUAUAUAAUGAGAUUUCUCAAGAAAUCGAGAAGAAAAUGUAAAUAGUUUUACAGAGAAAUCGAUUUGUUAGCAGCUAAGUUCAGUGUAAUAUUUUUGACCGUUCAUUAUCAUUUUUUUCUAUUAGUUAUUAUUUUUUUAAGAUUUACUACAUAAAUAUGUACAUAUAACGUGUACCUUUUUUGAUAAGAAAAUGAAGAUUAUUUACUUAUAAUUCAUUUUUUUUGUAAACCCUUUUUUACGUACUUCUAACUAACAAAAAAAUCUCUGUAAGUAGUAUAAUUUUCUGUAAAGGCUUCUUUGUUUAAAAAUGCGACAACGUUUAAUGUAAAACAACUCAUUUUGAAUAUUAAAAGAAAUGUUAUCAUA